AUGGCAUUCUCGUGUCUCGAGCCAUCAGAGGGACAGUGGACGGAUGUGUACGGUGAUCCUGUGCGGCCGCGGCGUACCGGCUUUGAGUGUCCACUCGACAUUCUGCAGAUAGUGGCGUGGGUCGUCAUUGUGGCACUCGCCGUUUUACACUUCACCCUCCACGUGCCGUUUUUAAGUGGCGCCGCACUUAUCGUCGUUGCUGUGAUCUCGGCGAUUAUGUUCACCGUCACUAUUGUACUGAAGAUAACACUUUCACUCAGUCGUAUUGAGGAUCCUAUUAUAUUUCGCACCGAUUUACCAAGACUUGAACAGACGGAACUCACUAAGGAAGACGCACCACCGGGUACAGAUCCAUGUGUGUUCUGUCGUCGUUUUGUAAAGAGUGGUAGUAAACACUGUGGGGUGUGUGAUAAGUGUGUUCCGGGGUUUGAUCAUCAUUGUCGGUGGCUGAACUCGUGUAUUGGUGUAGCGAACUAUAAGCCAUUCUGUGCCUUUAUGUUAACAGCAUGGGUUGGAAUGGCAUUUAUUUUUGCUGUUGGUCUGUACAUUAUUGUGGAUGCUUUCCGAGAUAAGGUGAAAUAUGAGGACUUGUUGCAGCGCCGUUAUCACUCUUCGAAGUACGCGGCAUACAUGACUUUUAUAUUUAUUACAGUAGCGCUAUGUUUAGCUGGUAUGGGUGUGUUGGGUAAACUUAUUCUCUUUCACGCUUAUCUAUGCAAGACACACCAAUCAACAUACGACCAAAUGUUGAAAAAACGAGAGAAAAAGCGUGAAAAACAACGGUUGAAACAGUUAAAUGCACAAGGUCUUCAGGAUGGAGGAAAUCAAAAGAAGCAUAAAUGGUGCCAGUGCUUUUCCAUUCGAAAGCGUAGAGACUUCCACAAGUACAAACAGAAGCCACCUGUAGAGAAUAAUGGUACUAGUACAAACAAUCGUAAUAAUAAUAAUAAUAAUAAUAAUAAUAAUAAUAAUAAUAAUAGUAAUAACACGAGGGGAGAUGACAUGAUAUUCUUUAACAUGUCACAUGCUUUAAAUGAACCGGACCGCCACGAUCACGACCACGAUCCAUUUUCCAUGGAUGACCACUAUUCAGCAGCGGUGUGA